UGUUGCGAGGAGGCGCAUCGUCGUGUCCUGAGCGUUAGCCUAGAAACUGUUAGCUGUCUCGCUGUCUUUCUGAUGUACCCGCUGGAAUACCAGGAGAAGAAAGAAGAAAACGGCGCACUCCGACAACAGGAGCCAGUCUCACAGAAAGACAGAACUCGAUAGACAGAGUCGGCAAUACAGCAACAACGGGCUAACCUCACUUCCUGCACUAUGCCCAUCUGACACACAACUGAGGGCCGGGCGGACUUUGCUGCAGCUGAGGAUGAUGAAUGGUUUCCUGCGCUAGAGCUAGAUGGUGUGGGAAUGAUGGACCUCCCUAAUGGCCAAUCAGGCAUCACCACCACCGCUGCAACAGUCUCUGAGAAGAGCAGCAGCUCAGAAUCUCUCAGUGAUAAGGCUUCUUCAGAGCUGAAGAAGAGUUUUGAUGCUGUUGUGUUUGAUGUGCUCAAGGUUACUCCUGAAGAAUAUGCAGGCCAGAUUACGCUCAUGGACGCUCCUGUGUUCAAAGCCAUCCAGCCAGAGGAGCUGUCAAGCUGUGGCUGGAACAAGAAGGAGAAACACAGCUCUGCUCCAAAUGUUGUGGCCUUCACUCGCAGGUUCAACCAGACGAGUUUUUGGGUGGUAAGAGAGAUCCUCCAUGCGCAGACGUUGAAGAUCAGAGCGGAGGUGCUGAGUCUUUACAUUCGCACUGCCAAGAAACUGUGUGACAUGAACAACCUUCACGCGGUCAUGGCUGUGGUGUCAGGGUUACAAAGUGCUCCCAUCUUCAGGCUUACCAAAACAUGGGCGUUACUGAGUCGGAAAGAUAAGGCAACGUUUGAUCGACUCGACUACUUGAUGUCCAAAGAAGACAACUAUAAACGUCUGAGAGACUACAUAAGCAGCCAGAGCAUGGUCUCUUGCAUACCAUACCUAGGGAUGUACCUGUCUGAUCUGACCUACAUAGACUCAGCCUACCCCUCCACAGGCAGCAUUCUGGAGAACGAACAGAGAUCAAACCUGAUGAACAACAUUCUCAGAAUCAUAUCGGACCUGCAGAGAUCCUGUACCUAUGACAUACCAGUGUUGCCUCAUAUACAGAAGUAUCUCAACUCAGUCAGGUAUAUCGAGGAGCUGCAGAAGUUUGUGGAGGACGACAAUUACAAGUUGUCACAGAAGAUUGAGCCAGGCACCAGCACACCACGAGCAAACGCCUCCAAAGAGGAUCUUGUCGGCCAGGAAGCGUCAGCAUCUCCUCUCUGCGGCCGUAAAUGUGCAGUAGCAAGUGAAGGACCCAAAGUCCCAGCCACGCCGCCCUCCCCCAGGAACCUGCUUCCCUACGGACACAGGAAGUGCCACAGCCUGGGCUACAAUUUUAUCCAUAAGAUGAAUACAGUAGAGUUUAAAAGUGCUACGUUCCCCAAUGCUGGUUCUCGCCACCUGUUGGACGACAGUGUGAUGGAGAGCCACAGUCCCACCAGGGGACAAGCAGAGAGCUCAACUUUGUCCAGCGGUAUUUCACUUGGGAGCAGUGAGGGCUCGGAGCUCAGUGAAGAGGUGUCUUGGCCAGCGUUUGAGAGGACUCGGUUCUAUCACUCUCUGGGCCCAGUGACCCGAGUGGCCCGCAUCCCCUACAGAGGAGUCCUGAGGCCCAGCAGCUCUGCGGAGUCGGAGGAGCUCGCCGUUCACUUGUACCCCGGAGCAGUCACAGUGCAGGGGGUGCUGAGGCGAAAGACUGUGCUCAAGGAGGGCAAGAAACCAACAGUGGCAUCUUGGACCAAAUACUGGGUCGCUCUUUGUGGAACCCAGCUUUACUACUACCCUGCCAAGUCCCUGAAGGCCACUGAGAGAAAACAUUUCAAGUCAACGUCCAGUAAGAGCGUGUGUGUGGUGGGCCUAAUGGCCAUGAUGGCUGACGACCCCGAGCAUCCUGAUGUGUUCUUGCUGACUGACUCAGAGCACGGUAACACCUACAAGUACCAAGCAGGGAACAGAAUGAACGCUUUGCUCUGGUUCAAACAUCUGAGUGCUGCCUGUCAGAGCAAUAGGCAACAGGUGCCAGCCAAUCUGAUGUCGUUUGAAUGACCGAUGCUCGGGAGUGCGAAUGAGCAAAGGAGAGAGGGAUGAGGAAACAGACGAGGAGGAUGAGGAGGAGUAUUGACUCAGUAGUGGGAGCUUUCACUGCCAUGAGCCCUGCCCGCCGAUUCUCCGAUUCUAGCCCCGGCCUCACUGCAGCCUCACCUGCCACCACUGCCUUAACCAGAGUACCCUGUGUGUGUGUGUGUGUGUGUGUGUGUGUGUGUGUGUGUGUGUGUGUGUGUGUGUGUGUGUGUGUGCGUGUGUGUGCGUGUGCGUGCGUGUGUGCGUGCGUGCGUGUGUGUGUGCGUGUGUGUGUGAGAGCGAAUGUGAGUCAUCUGUGUGUGUGGAUGGAAGUAACUGUUUUGGAUGUAUUGACUACUGAACAAGGACCUGGACCACUGCUCUUGUUUCCCAUUUGCUCUCAGUGUUUUGUUUAGUUUUUUGUUUUGUUUUUUCUGAACUGUGAGUGUUCAGCACUUCAGUGGAGCCAUGCGACUCUUCUCCUCUCCUCUCUCACAGACAGGCAGUCCUUGGAUGGACAGAAAUAAUCCUCUCCUUUGGUUUUCUUAACGGGGUUAGCUGUUUUUAUCCGUGUCCCUGCCUUGCUCAAAUGCAAAAUUCUUGCCUUUUAUUUGGCGGGACGCAAAAUCACAACACGCACGCUCACAUCGGACUAACCCGCUGGACUUUGGAGGGUUUAGAAAAAAAAACAAAAAACACUUUUUUAUUCACUGGGUUCACACUUUCAGUUGUUGCUCUCUUCAUUCACUUGAGUUGGCUUGGAGUCACAGGAUGAUGAUUAUUAACAUGAACCUCACACUCACACACACGCACACACACCCACACACACACACAGGCCUAUAUGAUCGCAUCGUUGUAAACAUAAGGGCUCUGAUUCGCAAUCAAUUCCAGCAGAAACGAUUCCCACACUUCCUGAAUGUUUCUAGUUUUUAUUACAGAACCUAGCCGCCCCCCCCUUUUUUGUCAUAUACUCGCUAAGUGUUCUGUACGUAUGUGUUCCUGUAAACUGCAUUGGGUGAGGAGGGGGGAGCGGGGGCAGGAGGGAAAAUGUUUAUAUUGCGGGAAUCUUGUCUGCGUUCCACACAGGUACGAUAAUCCCAGAAUCUAAGCUACGAUGUGUUCACGGUUGGGUAGACAAGAGUUAUUCCUUUUACGGACCUGCAAAAAUUUCUUUGUUCUCCAGCGUCGUGCGCUCUCUGUCAUCACCGCCAUCAGCUCAGUAAGGUGACGCUUGGUUCACCAGACUCACACAUGCUAAACACUAAAGACUUGAAACUGUGAAAGAGUCCACGAGAGAGCAGCGAGAACUCAUGAUACACGAUUUUAUCUCCUCUUCUUGUUGCUUAACAUGGUUAGAUCCUCUGGUCUGGAGCAGACAUUCAAAGCUACCUGGAGCCAUACAGAGUCUAUUUUAAAGCUUGUUUGUUGAUAUUGUUUUGUGUUGUUAGUUUCUUUUCCUUUUUUUUUUUUUGGAGGGAUGGUGCAGUUCACAGUAUUACCAUGUAGUAGAGAUGGUUGCACGUCUAUGUAGAUUUUUUCUUUUGUCUGUUACAUAUGAAUGUUACAUUUUUGUUUUUGUGUUUUUCUCUCUUUUUUUGGAGCAGUUAUUUUGAAUAUUUUAUGUACAUGUGAAUUUUAUUUUUUGUUUUUCUUUCUAUUUUUUUGCCCCUUAUUCUAUUAACCUAGAUCCAGCUCAGUUUUAGGCCCUAACCAUGUUGCAUCUGAUUCAGAAAUAGAAUAAGCACCUUGGUUAUAAAAAGUGCCAAGUGAUGUUACUGUCACUGUUUUUGCUUCAGGCUGAUGAAAGGUUAGGAAGGGCAGAGCUGCAGUGGAAUCAGGUGUAGGUACUGGCAGUGGGAAGAACCUGGUAUUUCCACGGUGCAUCGCAGAUGUUUGAGGGCGCCACAAAUAGACUAUGACUGUUUGUUUUUGAGCAAACAUAAUCAGGAUGGUGGUGAUGACAAUGAUGAGGGGCUUUUCAGCCAGUAAUUCUCAACAAAAUCUAAUCUCCUUUUUAAAACAGCUGUUUACAUUGUAUGUUUACACAAUCUUUUGCCCAACAUCACUCACUGCUCCACGUGUACUGUAUCUAAUUUAGGAAAGAAAUAUGGCGUAGAAACAAAUGUCCUCCAAACAUUGGGGAAUAUUAAGCUCGGCGUUUCAGGCUGAACAUAUCUGUACGCGCAGCACUGGAUCCUCUUUAAUGUGUCUAAUUUGAUCCAUCAAAACUGUCCUCAGCUUAAAAUACAAAUCAUCAGUUCAGCUUUUUAGGUCAGACAAACAUUACGAACUGAGACAAUGUCUGUUUAGUCCCCAUCAGGAGACGCUCAGUCCUUUGUAUAUUCACUAAAGAGAUGGUAGUGGAUGAACCUGUGGAGGAAUGAAUGAGGAAGCCAAACACAGGCUUAAUUUAAUGCAGCAGUUACUCUAAGUACGUGUGUGCAUUUGUGUGCCUGUGCAUACUUCUCUAUUUUUUUAAAAAAUCAUUGUAAUUCAAGCCUGAUAGGCAAAUUCCUUGGGGCUGCCGUCGCUGCUGAGCAGUGAGGGUAACCGGCCACCUAAUCAUCUGUGUGACUGACUCUUGCCAGCUCACGCCACGACUCCACACUGGCUUCUGUUGUACAGGAAGCGUGAAGAAAGGAGGACUGGUGAGCAGAUAGGAAGUGGAAACUGUACUCGUCUGUGUCUACUGUGGCUGGAGAGCUGUAGAAUGGAGAAUGUUUCUUUGGUUUUUUUGAAGUGACAAAAUCCCAGAGCUGAAGCACUAUAGAGGCUGAUCAUUGCUGGUGGGACAGGGACAAGAGAGCUGUGAAUGAAUUAAGUGAAAUGGGUGAGACAGGUUUAGGGUUUCUACAGAUGCUGGUUGGUCUCUCUUUCUCGCUCUACUGACAUAUUAACCUGCUGUCAUUUACAAAAUAUUGACAAACUGGUGCAAUUAAGCAAGGAUUGAUUCUGCCUCCGAACCUCUGAAAAAAAAAAAAAAGAAAGACUGUGCACAGAAAUGGCUGAGAUGUAAACAAAC